GAGAGCGAGAGAGAGAGCGAGAGAGAGUGAGAGAGAGAGCGAGCGAGAGAGAGAGAGAGCGAGAGAGAUGCUAUCCCUAUGACAUGUUUCCCUCUGCGCUCCACACCUGGUAUAGCCUCCAGACUGCGUGGGCUAGUGUGGGUGCAGUAGAUGAGUUUCGUAUAAAACCCCUGAUUCCGGAGUCUCAUAUUACGCGCGUUCGCCUCCCUCUGUAGUUGUUUGUUACUACGGCUCCUUCCACCUACUCUGUGUUUUUCUUCAGUAGUAUUUCUUAGGAAAGCUACCGUCACUAAAGAAAUCUGUUCUAUGGUUUUGGCUGAAGAAGAUCCCACGAUGUCACGGACUGACGAGGUGCACCGUAUCACGGAGAAUGUCUAUAAGUCCAUCAUGGAGCAGUUUAACCCAUGCUUGCGGAACUUUGUGGCCAUGGGGAAGAGCUACGAGAAGGCCCUAUCCAGUGUCACAUUUGCUGCAAAGGGCUACUUCGAGGCACUGGUGAGGAUGGGAGAGAUGGCCAGCGAAAGUCAAGGCUCUAAGGAUCUUGGGGACGUACUCUUUCAGAUGGCUGAGGUCCACAGACAGAUCCAGAUGCAGCUUGAAGAUAUGCUGAAGUCUUUCCACAAUGAGCUUCUGACAGAGCUGGAGAAGAAGGUGGAGCUGGAUGCACGCUACCUAAAUGCUGCUCUGAAGAAGUACCAGAUGGAGCACAAGAGUAAAGGAGAGAGUCUGGAGAAGUGUCAGGAUGAACUGAAGAAGCUACGCAGGAAGAGCCAGGGCAGCAAGAACACCUCUAAGUACGGAGACAAGGAGAUGCAGUAUGUUGAGACCAUCAGCAGCAAGCAGAGUGACCUGGACCACUACACAGCAGAGGGCUACAAGAAUGCACUGUCAGAGGAGAGGAGGAGGUACUGUUUCCUGGUGGAUAGACAGUGUGCCGUGGCCAAGAACAGCAGCUCGUACCACAGCAAAGGUAAGGACCUUCUAGCCCAAAAGAUCCCAGCAUGGCAGCAGGCGUGUGCUGACCCUACCAAGCUGCCUGACCGUGCCAUGCUCCUGGCUCAGCAGAUGACCUCUACAGGGGGUACCCUGGCGUCCGGCUCCCACACUCACCACGGCUCCAAGGGCAACCUGCUCAUCUCUGACCCAAUCCCCGGGGCCAAGCCUCUGCCUGUACCCCCCGAGCUGGCUGCACUAAUGGCCCAACAGCGUCUAAUGGGACCAGGAGGAGUGGACGGAGGGAUGCCCAUAAUGAACGGAACGGCAGGGGCGCAUGGAGGAGCAGGAGGGGGAGGAGGGGAGGACUACCAACACUGGAUGGAGGGGAAGAUGGCCCAAGCCCAGGCUCAGGCCCUACAGGCUCAGGCCCUACAGUCCCAGGUGGCAAAGGCCUCCUCCCAGCACCACUCCCAGCCCCACAGACAGGGCAGUGAGGUCUACUCCAACACCCUACCCGUACGCAAGAACGCCCCCGCCAAGAGCAACACCACCAUGGGUCCAGAGACCCGAACCCUUCCCCGGUCUAGCUCUAUGGCAGCAGGGCUGGAGAGGAACGGUCGUAUCCGUGUCCAGGCCAUUUUCUCCCACGCGGCUGGGGACAACAGCACCCUGCUCAGCUUCUCUGAAGGAGACGUCAUCACCCUGCUGGUGCCUGAGGCCCGCGAUGGAUGGCACUAUGGGGAGAACGAGAAGAACAAGAUGCGGGGCUGGUUCCCUUUCUCUUACACACGUGUCAUCCCCGAGACUGAAAGCGACAAACUACGAGUCAACAAUCUCCACCAUGGUAAGAGCAGCAGCACAGGCAACCUGUUGGAGAGAGAGGACAUGGCAAGUGCCCCUCCCCCUGACUACGGUAUGUCAUCUCGCCUGCUGGCACAGAGUGCUGCGAUGGCACACAGCAGACAACAGCGCCCAUACAGCAUGACAGGGCCAAGCUUCUCACAGCAAGGACUUGAAGAGUAUGAGCAACGUUUUUCAACAAGUUUGGGACUUUUGAGUGAACAGUUUGCCCGCUUUUGAGUCAAACGGACCCCUCUGUCCCUCUGCCUCAGGAGGAACCAGCCCAGGCCACUGAGGACCAACCCAGGCCUCUCAUCUCUGUCGAUGACCAGUCUCCUCCUCCAAUCCUCUAUUAGCUCCAUGCUCUACUUCCUAUUAUCCUUGCCUCUGAUUGGUUGCUGUGAAGCACAGAUACAUUUAGCCAGCCAAUUGGAAGAAGAACCCUGAUUUUGUUUGACAAAUCCAAGCACACACAGGACUAAUCUUUCACAAGUAGUGUAGACCAUGUGCUGCACAAGUUUUAGCAGACUGAACUAUCCAUAGCAUUCAAGCACACCUAGCCUUGGACUGCCUCUUCAAUACAAUUAAAGCAUUUGAAAACAGUAAUAAACUGUAUGCAGUAAAUUAUAACUGAAUCUGUUACUUGAUAAUAAUGUAUGCAUAUGCUUAAGAAAAGGUAAUUGUUUGAUCUAUCUUAUUGUGGGUGUCUAGUUCUAUGAUCUAGUCGUAUGUUACUUCUUGCUAUUAGCGAUUUGUAAGAUUUGGAGGAAUUUCUUUGAAUUUGUUUGUGUGAGCAAUACAUUUGUCACAAAGUAAACUAUGUUAUACAGUAUAUGUUAAAGGGCCUGUAUCAGGGAGAAUAUAAAGAGCACAGGGCAUGGCGGCUUGUAGAAACACGUUUCUACAUGAGUCUGAGCCGCACACUAGAUUAGGAGAGAUGGAGAAAGAAAAGGUCAAUGUUAUACACAAUAUUGUAAGUUAUAGCAUUCAAAUGCUUUUCACUGUUAUUCUCAAAUUUUAAAUGACAGAAAAACAAUAAUAUUAAGCAUUCAUGCAUAUAUCAACUGUAUAGUAUGACAUUAAUACAUAACAAUACAAGGGAGUUGUUGUAUUUCGUACUAUUUUAUAAAUGUAUUUGCUUCUCAUCCCGUUUCAUUUGUCUGUACAUUUAUAGAAAAAACACUGAAUUUACUAGAGAAAAUAAAGUGAUAUUGCAGAGUAUAUUCCA